AAAACACCUGUGGAUGAUUAGCAAAUGAAACUCGAUGAGACUGUGGGAAAGUAACGGCUGAAAACGGAAGAUGACUAAGACAAGUAAAAAGGAAACUAUCACAAAAACUAAUUUUCCUUAACUAACAAUAACUUUAAAUAAGAAACAUAGCAUUUAAAAAAUCUUAAGUAGGAGGCAAAUAAAACUAAAACAACUGAAUACAAAAGAUACUCCAAAGUGAAUUCAUACUUUUCUUUCUAUUUAGUGGUUGAGUCCAAUCAAGGCAACUUAUUCCAGCUGAGACCCUUUUGUUGUUGGCCAGGCUCCGCCCACAGCAGCUUCCAGGAACAGCACACAGCAAACAGACAUUUUCCGAGCCAGGAGAAGCUGAGACCAUGCCUCAGGUGAUACUGCUGAUCUGCCUCUGUCAGCUGCUGCUGGUGCGGUACGCAGCGCAGAUUCUUCAAAUUGAUGCAGUUUGCAACAAAACUGCGACUCUGCCAUGUCCUUUUAUCAAGCAGCACACGGACUUUCUGUCAUUGAAUUGGUACAAGGUGGAGACCGACGGCAACAAAAAUGGCAUUAUUAGGAAAAGCGAUGGUGGAGUGCAGGCUUUUGAGUACAAACGGAAAGCCAGUUUUGGAGAGAAUCACUCCCUGCUGCUGCCCAAUGUCAAUGAGUCUGAUGCAGGCAUGUAUUCGUGCGACUUGAGUGCAAACGUUGGAGGCCAAAACAAGGAAGAAAAAGUAGAACUCACAGUGUGUAGGACUGAAGUGCAAUUGCAAUUAACGACAGUGGUUAACCUUCCGAGAAGCAACCAGACAAGCCAGGACUGCAAUGAAGUGCAUCUGUCAGAAACCUGGAGCUUUCUGGGCUUUGGAGCCGUGGCUGCAGUCAAAAUCCUUCUGUCUAUAAUCACCAUUAAGGUGAUCCGUUCCAGGUGUUUAAGACGACGAAGGAGUGACCGGUUCAAAUAGGUUUUACUAAAAAUGCAAAUGAUUCUUGUAAAUAUAUAUAUUUGUAAUUGCACAUGUGAUUUUCUAUCCACUUUCACAUACUGGGAUUUAUAUGUUGUUUUUUUUUUUUUUGGUUAAAAUCCACAACUAGGCCAGUUAAGAGGGUCAACAGGAACUGAUGUAACAGGAUGCAGUAUGUAUUUGGAGUAACAGAAACCCUCAGAGCUCAUGUUGUGGUUUAAGUUAGAGUGUACUGACUGUUACAACCAUUGUCAGCAAGUGAUGGCUUAUUGUAUUGUUAACAUUCUUAUGUUGUUACUUUGUUUUGUUUUAUCUACCUGUCACACUUAGAAUUUGAAAACUGAAAAAAUCUGGCACUGUUUUAACAACUUUGAUGAGGUGUCUCCCAUGUAGAGGCAUUAGUGAAAAAAACUCUCAUUAUUUGUUUGACAGCUUCCCACCACACGCUCAUGUGUGUCUGUGAAGUUCUGUUAGUCUGCACGCAAGGCUUUUGUGUAAAAAAGUCACAAAAGCUAAUUAAAACCUUGUUAUUAAUCAUUUUUGUUAAGGAUAAAAUAUAAAUAAAGUGGGGGUUUAAUCUAUUAAACAACUAUGAUUUAUUUCAUGCAAAAGGCAAACUUUGAGAAAACAUCACUUAUAGAAAAGAAAUAACCCAAAACUGCUUUAAAGAUCUGUACAUUUUAUUAAAGUAUUUUUUAAAAAUCAAACCAAAGUGUGCCCAACUUCAUAUGAAAGACUUUAAGUUAUUGGCUAAUAUAUUCUGCCGCUCAAAUUUACUUUAGUUAAGAGUUUUUUUUAUUAAAGACAUGCAUUUGAGAGGCUCUAAAAAACAUUUGAAAAUCACAUUUAUUUUUAAAAGUUUAAUUUAUGGUGUACUUUAUUACAUCUUCGAUAAUGUUUUGUGGGAAGUUGCAAAAAGAAGUAAUUAAAAUGAAUAACUCAUAAUAAAAAAGAAAGGACUUUGAUUUCUCUUAAUCAUAGACAACAUGUCAAAGAUCAAAGAGCUGAAAAAGCAAAUGCCCAAACCUACAGUAUGGCAACAUGCAAGGGACAAACUACUAAAUGUCAAUACAAA